ACAAUAGCAGAAAGAAAUUCUUGCCAGUACUAUUAAGUUUUUCUUGCUUUAAAAGACAGCUCUUGACAAUUGAAACUACUUCAAUCGUUAUCGUGCGUUUUGUUGUUAAUUGAUUAGUGUCAAAAUGUUUAAAACACGUGCGGCGAAUGUUGCUCCACAGCCUUCUCCAAAAAUUUUCAAAUAUUCUCCAGAAUCGCUGGCCGCUGUUGAUAUUUCAUUCGAGUCCUACAAGCAAGCGAAGUAUUCGAACACACGAAAACGUAGUUUUUCGCCAAUUAUCAACGAGCAAAAUAUGCGAUCUCCUGACAUCUCCCCAAUUGCUAUGAACAAAACCUUUCGAGUAUCACCGCGGAUGAACACUCCUAAAACCAAAUCAACAAACGCGACGUAUCCAAUAUCUAAACUCCCUUCGAUCAUGAGUGCCCACGAGAGACGAAAGACGAUGUUUGUCAUGACCACACCAUUGGCAAAACGAGAGCUUGAACAUAGAAUCUCCGUAUCCAACAUCCUGAAAGACAUGAACCUCUCCAAAUACAUUGGCAUCUUCAGUGAGGAAGAAAUCGAUUUCGAAGUUUUUGUAACACUUUCUGAAAAAGAUUUACAUGACAUUGGGAUCGAUUGCCAGAAAGAUAUCGAGCUAAUUCUUGAAAAAGUUUCACAGUACAAUGCCUUUGCGUGAUUGUUGGUCAUCUAGUAAUGUACCGUAUGUUAAUGUUUUUAUAUCUAAAUGUUUGUGUAAUGACUGUGCAUCUAAUUAUUUAUCAAUUAGUUUAAGCUUGUAUUUAGGUUUUAUUGCAAAGAAGAUUGUGGAACGAUCAGCAGAGUUUAUCAAAUUGUGAUUUUUUUACGAUUACUUCAGAUUUGGAAGCGACUUGCACAAAUUUUAUAACAAUCCUCAAAUAUGUGUAUCAACCCAGAAAAGAAGAAAAUCUUAAUGUGAUAACGUUAAUCAAUAUAUGCAUA